CCGACUUCUUCCUCGAGCAACGACUGUGACCCUGCCCCACCUCCCGGAAGUGCACUAUCCGAACUUUUCUGGAGGGGCCGCUCUCUCCCAUGCAGCCUGUGAAUUUCUACUGUACGGGAGGAUUGGUUGUCGCGCCUUCUGUUGCCGGAAAGUCACCUCGUGGUACUCCGUAGUAGAAGCCCUUGGGGAAGGCGAACGGCGAAGAAGGAGGAGCCCCGUCUGUAGGUACCGUCUUGUAGGAUAAAGUCAUGACCAGAUGGGCUCGAGCCAGCGUCACCCAUAGCAAGAAGGUGCUGGAUGCAACACCAUGGGAAGAGAUGAAGAAUGACACUACUGGAACCACAGCAACAAAAAGAAGGCAAAGCUUUCCAGACAGGCUUUCUGUAAGGAGUACCCAGGGGAAGAAGAAAAAUAAGAAAAAAAAAGAUUAUCUGAAUGAAGAUGUUAAUGGUUUCAUGGAAUAUUUAAAACAGAACUCACAGAUGUUGCAUAAUGGAAAAGUGGACAACAGCCAUGAAGCAAAGCAAGAAAUUGCAACAGCCUUGAAAAAGGAUAAGCGACGAGAGGUGAGAAGAGUAAAGAGGCAGGAAACAAAGAAGAAUUCAAUGGUGUGCUUCCAUUGCAGAAAGCCAGGACAUGGGGUUGCAGAUUGUCCAGCUGUACUCGAAAGCCAAGAUAUGGGAACUGGAAUUUGUUACCGUUGUGGAUCUACAGAGCAUGAAAUCAACAAAUGCAAAGCAAAAAUAGAUCCAGCUCUUGGAGAGUUUCCCUAUGCAAAAUGCUUUAUUUGUGGUGAGAUGGGACAUCUCUCAAGGUCAUGUCCGGAUAAUCCCAAAGGACUCUAUGCUGAAGGAGGUGCUUGCAGGAUUUGUGGAUCUGUGGAGCACUUUAAGAAAGAUUGUCCAGAAAACCAAAAUCUGGAUCGAGCAAUUACUGUUGGUCGAUGGACCAAAGGAAUGAGUGCAGAUUAUGAAGAAAUUCUAGAGAGCUCUGAUCGGCCAAAACCCAAACCAAAAGCAGCUAAAGUUGUUAACUUUUGAUAUCUACCAGCAGACACAAUUCUUUAUUAUUCUUAAGGUAUGGCUUAUAAACGACAAUAGAGCUGGAUUAUGGACUCUAGUUACAGAAGAAGCCAUAAUUGCACCUUUACUCUGUUCUUGUAAUCUUCUUUACCUGGGAAGUAUAAUCACUUACUAAAACCCUAAUCUAAAUAGAGGCUUCCUGGCAGAAAAGAAAAUGGGUUGUAGAACAAUUUGUGCCAAGAUAGUGCUGGGAAGCAACUCUGAAUCUAUGCAAUUACUGACCUACCAACCAGCCUGGGUAACAUGUUGCUCAUUUUUGACUAGCAACAGCAAUAAUCAAAGUGGAGCAGAAACAGCUCAGACCCUUUUUGUAAAUAAAAGUCAUGCUAGAAGAGGAGAUAUCACAAAAAUUAUGUGGAUGCUUUUGUAGGUAUCUUUCUGAAGUGCUACUGCUAUGGACAUAGGAAAGAGAUAUCCAAGCCAAGAACACUUAUGUCCAUAGAUGAACAUCCAAAGCCAUGUUCAAAUGUCAGCAGGAUCAAUCUUGUACUAAAUUCUCAUGCUAUAAGUUGGAUGGUUCAUUAAAACAAUUUUUCAAGUCAAACAUCAGUACUGUAUACUAAGUAAAACCAUAUAUACCCAGUUCUCUAUUCA